CAGCUGACCGAAGACAGAAACUAUUUUAACAGUCAGAAGAGCACCAGGCUGUCCUCCUCUCCCUCAAAUUACUAACAGGAAUGGCCUCCAGCAGUGAGCUCCUGUCUGAGGAGCAGUUCCAGUGCUCCAUCUGCCGGGAGGUGUUCAGCAGCCCCGUCUCCACCCCCUGUGGGCACAGCUUCUGCAGGGCCUGCAUACAGGGCUACUGGCAGAGCAGGGGGGCGUGCCACUGCCCCCGAUGUGGGAAAAGAUUCAGUGGUCUGCCAGAGAUCGGCACAAACACAGUUUUAGAUGAGAUCUCCACACAAAUUAAGAGGAGGAGACUUGAGAGUUUCGAGCCCCACCCACCACACCCUGAGGAGGCGGGUUCGGACACGCCCGGAGGCGUGGUCUGUGACGUGUGCAUUGGCAGGAAGUGGAAGGCGGUGAAGUCCUGCCUGGUGUGUCUGACCUCGUACUGCCAGCCUCACCUGGAGCCUCACCUGAGAGUGGAGGGUCUGAAGAGGCACAAGCUGCUCCAGCCCCUCAGUAACCUGGAGGACAGAAUGUGCCGGAAGCACCUGAGACCCCUGGAGCUGUUCUGCAGGAGCGACCAGACGUGUGUGUGUGUGCUGUGCACUGACUCUGACCACAGGUCACAUGACACUGUCCCUGCAGAGAGGGCGUGGUCAGAGAAACAGGCUCAGCUGAAGAAGACGGAAGCAGAGAUGCAGCAGAUGAUGCAGGACAGAUGGAGGAAGGUGGAGGAGAUCAGACAGUGUGUGGAGCUGAGCAGAAGCAGCACACAGAGAGAGAUGGAGGACAGCGUGCUGGUGUUCAGUACUCUGAAGCGCUCCAUUGAGAUUCGCCAGGCCAAACUGACUGAGGUGAUGGAGGAGAAGCAGAGAGCAGUAGAGAAACAUGCUGAAGGCCUCAUUAAAGACCUGGAGCAGGAACUCACUGAGCUACAGACCAGAAGCACUGAACUGGAGAAACUCUCACAAACUGAGGAUCAUCUCUACUUCCUACAGAGUUUCCCGUCUCUGUGUUCCCCUCCGAACACCAAGGACUGGUCUGGAGCCGGCGUUCACACUGAUGUGUGUGUGGGGACUGUGAGGAGAGCCGUGGAACAGCUGCAACACUCUCUCCAGAGAAGGCUGAAAGCUCUAACCAGCAGUGAGCUGCAGAGGAUUCGGAAGUACAGAGCUGAUAUCACCCUGGACAGUAACACAGCACACCCACGGCUCUACCUGUCAGAAGGUGGGAGGAGGGUGCGUCAUUCUCGAUCGACACAGGUGGAAGACAGUCGUGUGGAGAGGUUUGACUCCGCCCCUGUGGUCCUGGGUGGGCGGGGCUACCGCUCAGGGCGGCACUACUGGGAGGUGCAGGUGGGGACGAGGCACGAUUGGGGGCUGGGCGUGGCCAAAGCAGCGGUGUGCAGGAAGGGGGCGGUGACGCUCAGCCCAGAGGCGGGGUUUUACGUGCUGUCCAUGAAGAGCCGUGAGUACAGGGCCCUAGCGGCCACGCCCGCACCCCUGGGCCUGCCCACCCGGCCUCGCACCGUCGGGGUGUACCUGGACUGUGAGGCUGGGCGCGUGUCCUUCUACGACGUGGAGGCCAGCAUUCACAUCUACUCUUUCAAAGGAAAGGCGUUCACAGAGAGACUUCACCCCUAUUUUUACAUAUUCAGCCACGGCAAGAAGUCUGAGCCUCUGCUGAUCCUCCCUCCAUCACAGCACAGAGUAUCUGCUGAUCCUCCAUCACAGCACAGAGUCUCUGCUGAUCCUCUAUCACAGCACAGAGUAUCUGCUGAUCCUCUAUCACAGCACACAGUCACUGCUGAUCCUCUAUCACAGCACACAGUCUCUGCUGAUCCUCUAUCACAGCACAUAGUCACUGCUGAUCCUCUAUCACAGCACACAGUCUCUGCUGAUCCUCCAUCACAGCACACAAUCUCUGCUGAUCCUCUAUCACAGCACAGAGUCUCUGCUUAUCCUCUAUCACAACACACAGUCUCUGCUGAUCCUCUAUCACAGCACACAGUCACUGCUGAUCCUCCAUCACACACAGAGUCUCUGCUGAUCCUCCAUCACAGCACAGAGUAUCUGCUGAUCCUCUAUCACAGCACAGAGUCUCUGCUGAUCCUCUAUCACAGCACACAGUCACUGCUGAUCCUCUAUCACAGCACACAGUCUCUGCUGAUCCUCCAUCACAGCACACAAUCUCUGCUGAUCCUCUAUCACAGCACAGAGUCUCUGCUUAUCCUCUAUCACAACACACAGUCUCUGCUGAUCCUCUAUCACAGCACACAGUCACUGCUGAUCCUCCAUCACAGCACACAACCUCUGCUGAUCCUCUAUCACAGCACAGAGUCUCUGCUUAUCCUUCAUCACAGCACAGAGUCUCUGCAGUCUCUGCUGAUCCUCCAUCACAGCACAGAGUCUCUGCUGAUCCUCCAUCACAGCACAGAGUAUCUGCUGAUCCUCUAUCACAGCACAGAGUCUCUGCUGAUCCUCUAUCACAGCACACAGUCACUGCCGAUCCUCUAUCACAGCACAGAGUCUCUGCUGAUCCUCUAUCACAGCACAGAACCUCUGCUGAUCCUCUAUCACAGCACACAGUCACUGCCGAUCCUCUAUCACAGCACAGAGUCUCUGCUGAUCCUCUAUCACAGCACAGAGUCUCUGCUGAUCCUCUAUCACAGCACACAGUCACUGCUGAUCCUCCAUCACAGCACACAACCUCUGCUGAUCCUCUAUCAUAGCACAGAGUCUCUGCUGAUCCUCCAUCACAGCACAGAGUAUCUGCUGAUCCUCUAUCACAGCACAGAGUCUCUGCUGAUCCUCUAUCACAGCACAAGUCACUGCCGAUCCUCUAUCACAGAAAACAUCAAAGGAUUCUCUCUGCUUCCGCUGGUCUCUGUGCUGCAGACUGCAGACAUGACUUCCCCAGUCCCUGGCUCAGAGGAGACUCCAGUUCUGCUUGGAUCGCACCUGAAAUGCUCCAUCUGCUUUGACCUGUUCCGCAAGCCGGUAACCACGCACUGCGGUCACACGUUCUGUGAACGCUGUCUGGAAAACUCUGUGCGAUACAAUGACCAGGUGUGCCCGCUGUGCAAGGAAUGGCUGCGGCAGAGCUCCGUACGACCCAACAUCGUGCUGUGCGCCCUGCUGGAAGACUUCCAGAAGGCCCAAGACAGGGGGGCGGGGGUGAUUUCGGAUGGGGGCGUGGCCUGUGACAUGUGCAUCCGCAGGAAGCGGAAGGCGGUGAAGUCCUGCCUGGUGUGUCUGACCUCGUACUGCCAGCCUCACCUGGAGCUCCACCUGUCGGCCCACCGGCUGAGAGGGCACAAGCUGGUGACCCCUGCCAGCGACCUGGAGGAGCGGGCGUGUCCAACUCACGGGCGCCCCCUGGAGCUGUACUGCAGAGAUGCACAGCGUUGUGUUUGUGCUCUGUGUGUGGACGACGGCCGCCAGGUCGUUCCCGCUGAGACUGAAUGGGACAGGAAGAAGAUAGAGGUGAAGAACACGAUGGAUGAGAUGAAGAAGAGGGUUGAAGUUCGGAAGAAGAAGGUGGAGGAGAUCAGACAGGCAGAGGAGCUCAGCACAGGCCAUAUUGACAGGCAGAAGGAGGAGGUGCAGGCGGUGUUUGGGGAGGUGCUGGCCCGGGUUCGGGAGGCUGAGGCCCAGCUAUUGCAGCCUCUGAUGGAGAAGAGAAGGGAGGUGCAGAGGGAGGCGAAGCAGGUCACCCAGGAGAUGGAGGCGGAGAUUUUUGAGCUGGAACAGAAGAUCUCCCACCUGGAUGACAGUGCCAGUCAUGAAGACCACAUCCUCUUCCUCCAGAGUCAUCCAGCUCUGCCUGGUCUUGAGGAAAGAGACAUUGCGAGCGUUGUCCUGGAUACAGAGCUGAGGUUGGGCAGUGUGCGGGGGGUCCUUUCAGCCAUGAUGGAGCAGAUCAAUAAAGAGCUGGAGCAGCUCUCCUCAACUGAUAUUGAAAGGAUUCAGAAGUUCUCAGUGGAAGUGACCCUUGACCCCGACACAGCGAACCCCCGGCUCGUCCUAUCAGAUGAUGGGAAGGAGGUGUGGGACGGGGGGGUGGAGCGUGACGUCCCGGAAGGGCCGGGGAGGUUCGACCUGUUCGGCAGCGUCCUGGGACGCCCCCACCUGAGCUCCGGGCGGGGCUACUGGGAGGUGCAGGUGGGUGGGAAAACUGGUUGGGAUGUGGGCGUGGCCAGGGAGUCCAUCAGCAGGAAAGGCAGGGUCAGCCUGACUCCACAAAAUGGCUUCUGGUGUUUGGUUCUGUACAACGAGGACAACUAUGCAGCCCUGACCAGCCCUCCCCUGCACCUCUCCUUGACCUCUCAACCCCAGACAGUGGGGGUGUACGUGGAUUACGAGGGGGGGCAGGUCUCCUUUUAUGACGUGGAGGCCAGGUCUCACAUCUACUCCUUCACUGGUUGCACCUUCACUGAGAAACUCUACCCAUACUUUAGCCCCCACCUCUGGUCUAAUGGCAAAAACUCCGCCCCGCUGAUCAUCUGUCCUGUUACUCAAACAUAAUGAUCAUUCUGACGUAUUCAUCUUUGUUUAACCAGGUGUGUCACCGAGAACUCAAUUCUAAUUUUCUCAGUCCUUGCUUUGGUUGCGUAUGAUUGGCUGUUUUAGAAUGGGCUUUAACAAAAACCUACAAGCACGCCAGCCCUACUCAGGAAAGUUUGGACGCCCCUGUGGUAACUGGAUGAUACAUUGAGAUGAUUUAAAUGAUUUAAUUGAAAUGAUGAGCAGUCAGGUUAAAGUGGUUCAAGUUGACUGCUUAUCAAGAGUCUCAAAGUCCACUGUCAGCAGCUUACGCACAUGGAACCCAUAAUAUUGCUGGGGUCAGAUAUCUGGCUUAGGUGCGUUGAGUCUGUUCACACGAUAACAAAAUGUCUCGGGCGGCACGAUGCCUCAAAGCAAGAGGGUUGUGGGCUCGAAUCCCGGCUUAGGGCCUUUCUGUGUGGAGUUUGCAUGUUCUCCCUGUGUCUGCGUGGGUUUCCUCAGGGUACUCUGGUUUCCUCCCACAGUCCAAAGACAGGUAGGCUAAUUGGAGACUCUAAAUUGCCCAUAGGUAUGAGUGUGUGAGUGAAUGGUGUGUGUGCCCCGUGAGAGACUGGCGGCCUGUCCAGGGUGUAUUUCUGCCCCUCGCCCAGUGCAUGCUGGGAUAGGCUCCAGCAACCCCCGCAACCCUGCCCAGGAUAAGCGGGUAUAGAUAAUGGAUGGAUGGCCAAAAGGCCUUACGUAAAAACACAGUAACGUUUUCUGUUUUAUCCUGGAAUGUUACCUCUUUUGUUCACACUAGAGGCGUGGCUGAAUAUUUCUGAAAAUCUUACUCGCUUCCGAUCUGGAAAAGUUCCAGAACAUCUUACAUGGAAAACCACCUGUGGCUCUGUUCACACGAGAGGCCGACCCAGAGCAUUUAGGGUUUAGAUGCAGGCCUGAAAGGGGCUCCGGUGUUGCCACAGGUCCUGGCCCCGGAGUGAAAACACAGCUGCGUAUGAUAUGGCUAUUAAUCAAAGGCAUGAUCAGAAAUAUCUGAUUUUUCCCUCCAAUAAGCAAUGAAAUGCUCUGGUGUACAGAUCUUUUUACACAAUGGGAUGUGGGCUGAUAAUGAUGGUGUGGGCUGAUUCAGGGGUGUGGGCUGAUUCAGGGGUUGUAGAUUUUCUCUAAUGGCAGCAUCCUGGUUCUGUUAAAGAAACAGGCUUUUUUACUGCUUUGCCGCGGGACACUGUCUGACUGACGUCAUACGUUCUCAAUACCAGUCUAACCUAACCCAGCCUGUCAUGGGAAUCAAAUGAAGAUUUUAAUGCUCAAAAAUCACCAUCUCAUGUCUCAUCUCAGGCCAUUUGAUAUGUGAACACAUUAUUGAUUACGUUUGAUUACAUGUUUCAUUUGGUUUCAGCCAUAUUUUCUUCUGUGCAUAGAUAUAAGAAAUUCAAUGCUCUGUGUUUAUCAAUAUUCAAAUAAAUAAAUAAAUAUUAAA